AGGCUGCAACAGGUGCCUUGAGCAGGAAGCUCGCGCCGCCACCCGCUCCCCGGACUCGUCCAGGACCCACUGCGCCGUGAGCCAUCCUCGGCCUCAGCGUGCGCCACAGACACGGUGACCCCUGCUCUGCGCACCGCGACCCUACGCGGCCCCGCAGCCCGAACGCCCCGAGCCAUGGACGCCCCGGAGCCGCAGCCCGACCCCGACGGCGGGGACGGCCCCGGCCACGAGCCCGGGGGCAGUCCCCAAGACGAGCUGGACUUUUCCAUCCUCUUCGAUUAUGACUAUCUGAACCCUAUCGAAGAAGAACCGAUCGCACAUAAGGCUAUCAGCUCACCCCCUGGACUCGCAUACCCGGAUGAUGUCCUGGACUAUGGCCUCAAGCCAUGCAACCCCCUCGCCAGUCUCUCUGGCGAGCCCCCUGGCCGGUUCGGAGAGCCGGAUAGUAUAGGGUUCCAGAACUUUCUGAGCCCGGCCAAGCCAGCAGGGGCUUCGGGCCCGAGCCCUCGGAUCGAGAUCACUCCAUCCCACGAACUGAUGCAGGCAGGGGGGGCCCUCCGUGGGAGAGACGCCGGCCUGUCCCCUGAGCAGCCAGCCCUGGCCCUGGCCGGCGUGGCCGCCAGCCCGAGGUUCACGCUGCCCGUGCCUGGCUACGAGGGCUACCGCGAGCCGCUUUGCUUGAGCCCCGCUAGCAGCGGCUCCUCUGCCAGCUUCAUUUCUGACACCUUCUCCCCUUACACCUCGCCCUGCGUCUCACCCAAUAACGCCGGGCCCGACGACCUGUGUCCCCAGUUUCAAAACAUCCCUGCUCAUUAUUCCCCCAGAACCUCUCCAAUAAUGUCACCUCGAACCAGCCUCGCCGAGGACAGCUGCCUGGGCCGACACUCGCCCGUGCCCCGUCCGGCGUCCCGCUCCUCCUCACCCGGUGCCAAGCGGAGGCAUUCGUGCGCAGAGGCCUUGGUUGCCCCUCUGCCCGCAGCCUCACCCCAGCGCUCCCGGAGCCCCUCUCCACAGCCCUCGCCUCACGUGGCACCGCAGGACGACGGCAUCCCCGCUGGGUACCCCCCCACGACCGGCUCCUCUGCUCUCAUGGAUGCCCUCAACACCCUGGCCACCGACUCGCCCUGCGGGAUCCCCUCCAAAAUAUGGAAGACCAGUCCUGAUCCGACACCCGUGUCCACUGCCCCCUCCAAGGCGGGCCUGGCCCGCCACAUCUACCCUACUGUGGAGUUCCUGGGGCCAUGUGAGCAGGAGGAGAGGAGGAAUUCUGCUCCAGAGUCCAUCCUGCUGGUACCACCCACCUGGCCCAAGCAGUUGGUGCCGGCCAUUCCCAUAUGCAGCAUCCCUGUGACGGCAUCCCUUCCACCACUCGAGUGGCCACUCUCCAAUCAGUCGGGCUCCUAUGAGCUGCGGAUCGAGGUCCAGCCCAAGCCCCAUCACCGGGCCCACUAUGAGACAGAGGGCAGCCGUGGCGCUGUCAAAGCCCCAACCGGAGGACACCCUGUGGUGCAGCUCCACGGCUACAUGGAGAACAAGCCCCUGGGGCUUCAGAUCUUCAUUGGGACAGCAGAUGAGAGGAUCCUUAAGCCGCACGCCUUCUACCAAGUACACAGGAUCACCGGAAAAACGGUUACCACCACUAGCUAUGAGAAGAUUGUGGGCAACACCAAGGUCCUGGAGAUCCCCCUGGAGCCAAAGAACAACAUGAGAGCCACCAUUGACUGUGCAGGCAUCCUGAAGCUCCGAAAUGCUGACAUUGAGCUGCGGAAGGGCGAGACGGACAUCGGCAGGAAGAACACGCGUGUGCGCCUGGUUUUCCGCGUGCACGUCCCGGAGCCCAGUGGGCGCAUCGUCUCCCUGCAGGCUGCGUCCAACCCCAUCGAGUGCUCUCAGCGCUCUGCCCACGAGCUGCCCAUGGUGGAGAGACAAGACAUGGACAGCUGCCUGGUCUACGGAGGCCAGCAGAUGAUCCUCACGGGCCAGAACUUCACAGCGGAGUCCAAGGUUGUGUUCAUGGAGAAGACGACAGAUGGGCAGCAGAUUUGGGAGAUGGAAGCUACGGUGGAUAAAGACAAGAGCCAGCCUAACAUGCUUUUUGUUGAGAUCCCCGAGUAUCGGAACAAGCACAUCCGCGUGCCCGUGAAAGUCAACUUCUACGUCAUCAAUGGGAAGAGGAAACGAAGUCAGCCACAGCACUUUACCUACCACCCAGUCCCCGCCAUCAAGACAGAGCCCAGCGAUGAAUAUGAACCAUCUUUGAUCUGCAGCCCCGCCCAUGGAGGCCUGGGGAGUCAGCCAUAUUACCCACAGCAUCCAAUGCUGGCCGAGUCUCCCUCCUGUCUUGUGGCUACCAUGGCCCCCUGCCAACAGUUCCGCUCGGGGCUCUCAUCUCCCGAUGCUCGCUACCAACAGCAGAGCCCCGCAGCCGCCCUCUACCAGAGAAGCAAGAGCCUGAGUCCCGGCCUGCUGGGCUACCAGCAGCCGUCCCUCCUGGCAGCACCCUUGGGUCUGGCUGAUGCCCACCGGUCUGUGCUGGUGCACGCUGGUUCUCAGGGGCAAGGGCAGGGCUCCACCCUGCCACACACAUCCUCGGCCAGCCAGCAGGCCUCACCCGUGAUCCACUACUCACCCACCAACCAGCAGCUUCGCGGUGGGGGGCACCAGGAGUUCCAGCAUAUCAUGUACUGUGAAAACUUCGGCCCCAGCUCUGCCAGGCCUGGUCCACCUCCCAUCAGCCAAGGUCAGAGGCUGAGCCCGGGCGCCUACCCCACGGUCAUCCAACAACAGACUGCCCAGAGCCAAAGAGCUGCCAAAAACGGACCCAGUGACCAGAAGGAAGCUCUGCCCACGGGAGUGACAGUCAAGCAGGAACAGAACCUGGACCAGACCUACCUGGAUGACGUUAAUGAAAUCAUCAGGAAGGAGUUUUCAGGACCUCCCUCCCGAAAUCAGACCUAGAAACAAACAUAAUCACGCGACGCCUUCUACUCUGGACCGCUUCUGUCUCCUCCUGCCGGCUAUGACUGGAACACUGCGCAUGCGCACAGUGCACGCAGUUGGUGUCAGAGCCUGGGAGCCUGCUGCCGCGCAAAGAGCAUCUUAGCCGUUGUCCACGGUAACUGGACACAGAAAGCAACUGCCUGCUGACCAAAGCCUCAUUCUCAACUCACCAGGAUGCUGAGCCUGAGACGCCAGGCUGCGCUGGCUGGCGGGAGAACUGGAGGAACUGCGAUAGCCCACAGGCAUGGCUCCUAUCUCUCGGGAAGGGUCUUCAGCCAGAGCAACCAAAAGCGCAUGGCCCAAGAGUCUGGCGUCUGGGCUCCAGAAUCCCAGGUCUCCGUAGGAGCUGAAACUGGACGCUCAUCUGCGCACCAGCUGGGCCGCAGCAAAGCUUCAUUUUGAAUUUGCUCUUUCCAAAGCCAAACGGCCUUGCCCUGACAGGCCCACCUGCCCCAACUUCUCAGCCUUAAGUUAUAACACACGUACGUGUUUGCCAGCUUCUCAGCCUUUGCUGUGUUCCUCUGCUUCAAAGAGCCAACCAAGGAGACCGUGGGCUGAGAGCCCUCUCGGCCAGCUAUUCCCUAACCUGCUGCCUACACCAGACCUCUGAAGGUUCCCCUCCCCACCUCCUCCAUCCAGAAGUCGGGAGAACCUUCUGGGUCCUUGCAUUGACUGUUAAGGAGCUAAAACCACCAAACCCAGUCAAAACCUACAGGUGUCUGUCAUGACUGCCACCAAACACAACAAGGGGGCUGGGAUGUCCCACUGCCCUGGACUCGAAGCAGGAACGUGCUGGCUUCACCCUAGGUUUUUUUUUUUUU